AUGGCUGGCAAGGAAGAAAAAGCAGCGAAUCCCCCGACGAAGGUUCCGGAGAUCGUUGAUGACGACGACGAGCCCGAUGACUGGGAUAAGCGGAUCUUCAGCACCGGCUGCGCAGCGGAGCAAAUGAAGAUGAACGAUUGUUACUACCAGAAGCGAGACUGGCGGAGCUGCAAGCUGGAGAUGGAAGCCUUUCGCGAGUGCUGGAAGCGACAGGGUAACGACGAGCGAACCGAGACCAAGAACGCGUGA